GAUUUUAGGUCAGCCGAUGCUACCAACUUCGUUGUGUAUCUUAACACGUUGUCAGUUUCCGGUGGAGGAGACGGCUCCGUUACCAGACAAGUAUCAUCAUUUAAGAUGCACGAAGCUUACGACGAUGCGACUCAGAUGAAUGACAUUGCAUUACUGGUGUUGAGUGAGCCGGUGACAGGCAUCCAAUUUGCCACUCUUCCGACGGAUGACGCAACGACGGGGGAGCCUAUUACGGAUGCGCCUACGGAUGCACCUACGCAACCGCCAACGCAACCGCCAACGCAACCACCCACGGAGCCGCCAACGGAACCGCCAACGAAACCACCAACGGAACCCACAACGGAACCCACAACUGAACCCACAACUACCACAAAACCUACUACUACCAAAAAACCCACUACUACCAAAAAACCGACGACCACCAAAAAACCCACUACUACCAAAAAACCGACGACCACCAAAAAACCGACGACCACCAAGAAACCGACAACUAAGAAACCGACACCUACCAAAAACCCGACAACCAAAAAGCCAACGGCGAAACCGACACCAACAAAGCCGCAACCUACCAAGAAACCUACGGUGAAGACAACAGCAAAACCUAAAACCACCAAAAAACCAACCAUGAGAGCUUUCCCUGACUACGCCAAUAAACCGGCCGUCAUUGCUGGAUGGGGAACAACCUCUUCGGAUGGAAACGUGUCACUCGUAUUGCUGAAGACCGACGUCACUGUUCAAGAUAAUUCUAUUUGCGCCAGUCAAUACGGAUCAGGGUUCAACAGCACUGCUAUGCUGUGUGCCUCUGCAGAUGGAAAAGGCGCUUGCCAGAGUGACGCUGGCGGUCCGAUUUAUGUAGACGGCGUUCAAGUCGGCAUCAUUUCGUUUAGCAGAGGUUGCGCUGAUCCCAACUAUGCCGGUGUUUAUACACGAAUCAGCAGUUACGUCAGCUGGAUUAAAACCAACCAGGCGAAUACUAGUAGCUAAAUAUUUUGCCAAUUUUCACCGAUACAUCCAUACGGUGUGCAGCUUUCGCCGUUACGACUGAACUUGUUUUAAAAGAAAACCUUUUGGUCUUUUCACCUGCAUUCAGCAUCUUUCUAAAAUGUACCUUAAAUGCAUUUUAU